AUGUCCUGGUCUUUGAGCGGCUUUUUAUUUGCGGGAGCAGACAGUUUUAGCGUUUGCAAGGUUUUCCCCGAAGUGAAGUCAAUCACUGUGUUUUUCACCAGUUUUCUCAUCUUGUUCAGGUCUUUGGCAAAAGUCUGGUUCGAACGCGCUGAAAGGUUGAUUUCCAUCAGUUUUGUCAAAGUCAGCAAAUCCAGCUUCCCUGAAUAUCCGUCGUUCUUGCCUCCUCCUGUCUUGAGCUUGUAUGCUUUUUGGAACUGGAUCAGUGCUACGCGAAACUUCUCGUGGUCCAAAGGAUCUUUUGGAACGUUGAUGUUGUUACCGGCCAUUUCCAAGAUGGAUUUGACAACCAGUGUAAAACCAAGAAUCGACAGAAUGGACGAAGAAAAAGAGGCUCCUGUUGGAAACCGCAAUUUCUCUUGGCAUUCGGGCAACUGGUCGAUGAGUUUCCACCAGUUUGUGAUAGCCUCUUCGGUCUUUUCGCAAAACAAACCGUCACAUAGAUUGGCAUCGAUCAGAUCGUAG